AUGGAUAUACAAACCCCUUCAUCAGCCCCUUCCUCUUGUUCCGAACACCAAUGGAAAUACCAAGUUUUCCUCAGUUUCAGAGGUGAAACCCGUAAUACAUUUACCAGCCAUCUAUGCAAUGCAUUGCGUAAUAAAUUUAUCUACACCUUUAAGGAUGAUGAAAGACUGGAGAUCGGAACACCCAUUAAGGAGGAACUCUUGCAUGCAAUUGAGAAGUCAAGAAUGGCGGUCAUCAUUAUUUCAAAAGAGUAUGCAUCGUCCACAUGGUGCCUGGAAGAACUUGUAAAGAUUCUUGAAUGCAAGAAAGAUAGAGAAAUGAAAGUUUUGCCCAUUUUCUGUCAUGUAGAACCUAGUGAUGUGCGGCACCAGGGGAGCACCUUUAGAGAUGCCUUUGCUAAACACGAGCAAAAUCUUGUGAACGAAGACAAGUUGCAAACUUGGAAAAAUGCUUUGAAAGAAGUGUCCAAUCACGUUGGAAGAUCUUUGAAGAUCAAUGAGUAA